ACCUAGCAAAGACGCUAACGUUUAAUUCUACAAAAGCGCUUUGCUUUAAUUGAUUUGGAUGGAGCAUUUCGGUCAAUAAAACGGCACGCCCAGAGACGUUUUUGUUGUCGCCUAGACACCGUUUAACCCUUUGGGUGCAUUCUUGUUACGCGGAAUGACAUCAAUCUCGGUCUUUCAGUCGAUCUGGUUCUGUGGCGCUGAGGCCAAGGGUCUGCGGAAAACGGGCAUCUUUUUGAUGAACAACUUCUUAUUCGGCCGCGCAAACCGUGCCUUGUCUGGACUCCGGUGUGCUCGGGUGGACUCCGGUAAACUGGAGCCUGCAGUACGGAAAUAAACGGAGACGUCAACAUGGCGACAGCUGCUUCGCCCCUGCGCUCGAGAUGAAUUCAGUGCCAUAAAGCCUCCGCAGUGACACCAGGCUAGUCGGUCCAGCUUAAGGAGCAGGAUGUCAAUAUGGCUGCCCAGCUGCUUGUUCCUCCUGGACCUGACAGCUUCCAGCCUUUCGUUCCCGAGUCCCUCGCUGCCAUCGAGCGGCGCAUCGCCGAGGAGGCAGCGUGCCGGCCCAAGGGCGAGCGAGGUGGCGAGGAAGACGACGAGAAUGGACCCAAGCCCAACAGCGACCUGGAGGCGGGGAAGUCCCUGCCCUUCAUCUACGGGGACGUCCCAUCCUCUAUGGUGUCUGUCCCCCUGGAGGACCUGGACCCCUACUACAGUAACCAAACAACGUUUAUAGUACUGAACCGUGGGAAAACUCUCUUUCGCUUCAACGCCACACCUGCCCUCUACUUCCUGAGUCCCUUUAACCCUCUGAGAAGACUGUCCAUCAAAGUGCUGGUGCAUUCGAUGUUCAGUUUUGUGAUCAUGUGCACCAUUCUGACCAACUGCGCCUUCAUGACCCUGAGCAGCCCACCAGAUUGGGCCAAGAAUGUGGAGUACACAUUCACAGGGAUCUACACGUUUGAGUCCUUGAUUAAAAUCUUGGCCCGGGGCUUCUGUGUGGGGAAGUUCACAUUCCUGCGUGACCCCUGGAACUGGCUGGAUUUCAGCGUCAUCCUCAUGGCAUAUGUAACUGAGUUUGUGGAUCUGGGCAAUGUCUCUGCACUGAGAACCUUCAGGGUUCUUCGAGCGCUCAAAACUAUUUCUGUCAUCCCAGGUCUAAAGACUAUCGUGGGCGCCCUGAUCCAGUCUGUGAAGAAGCUGUCGGACGUGAUGAUCCUCACCGUCUUCUGCCUGAGCGUCUUCGCCCUCAUCGGCCUGCAGCUCUUCAUGGGGAACCUGCGGCAGAAGUGUGUGAGGAUCCCACUGAACGACACGCAGCUGAAUGGCACACAGGGCGACCCCGCCAUCGCACUCAACGCCAGCACCGGCCUCGAGCUGCUUAACGCUACUAGCACCUUCAACUGGACCGAGUAUAUUAUGGAUGAGAGUAAUUAUUAUUUCCUUCCCAACCACAGAGAUGCUCUGCUCUGUGGGAAUGCCAGUGAUGCAGGGCAGUGUCCAGAAGGCUUUUGGUGCAUAAAGGCAGGGCGCAACCCGGACUACGGUUACACGAGCUUUGACACGUUCAGCUGGGCGUUCCUCUCUCUGUUCCGACUCAUGACUCAGGACUUCUGGGAGAACCUCUACCAGCAGACCCUGCGUGCUGCUGGAAAGCCCUACAUGAUCUUCUUCGUGCUGGUGAUCUUUCUGGGUUCCUUCUACCUGGUCAAUCUGAUCCUGGCUGUGGUGGCCAUGGCCUACGACGAGCAGAACCAAGCCACCAUCGAGGAGGCGCAGCAGAAAGAGGAGGAGUUCCAGGCCAUGCUGGAGCAGCUCAAGAGGCAGCAGGAGGAGGCGCAGCAGGUUGCCGCGGCAGCAGCGGCGACGGAGAACGGCGAGUACAGCGGGAGGGGCGGGCCAUCCGAGGAGAGCUCCUCCGGGGGGUCCAGACUCAGCUCCAAAAGCGCAAAGGAACGACGCAAUAGGCGGAAGAAGAGAAAGCAGCGGGAGGAGGAGGAGGAGAAAGUGGACCAGGAGAAGGUCCACAAGUCCGAGUCCGAGGACAGCAUCAGGCGGUCAGGCUUUCGCUUCUCAAUAGAUGCCAACAGGUUGUCCUACGAGAAGAAGUGCUCCACCCCAAACCAGUCUCUCCUCAGCAUCCGCGGUUCUCUGUUCUCUCCGCGGAGGAAUAGCCGCGCGAGUCUGUUCAGCUUUCGCGGCCGGGCUCGGGACUUCGGCUCGGAGAACGAUUUCGCCGACGACGAGCACAGCACGUUCGAGGACAGCGACAGCCGGCGAGGGUCACUGUUUGUGCCCCGCCGCCUCGAGAGGAGGAGCUCCACCAUCAGCCAGUGUAGCCUCGCAGCGCCCCGGAUCAUGCUUCCAGCCAAUGGCAAGAUGCACUGCACCGUGGACUGCAAUGGCGUGGUCUCCUUGGUGGGCGGGACCUCUGUGCCUACGUCACCGAUUGGUCGGUUGCUUCCCGAGGGAACGACCACAGAAUCGGAGGCUCGUAAGAAGCGGUCAGGUUCACAUCAGACUUCCGAUUACCUGGACGAGGCAGUGGCUAGGAAAAGAGCUUUAAGUGUGGCCAGCAUUCUCACAAACACUAUGGAAGAGCUGGAGGAGUCCAGGCAGAAGUGCCCCCCCUGCUGGUACAAGUUCGCCAAUGGCUUUCUGAUCUGGGACUGCUGCCCAGUGUGGCUGAAGGUGAAGGAACUCGUCAACAUGGUGGUGAUGGACCCCUUCGUGGACCUGGCUAUCACCAUCUGCAUCGUCCUCAACACAGUCUUCAUGGCCAUGGAGCACUACCCCAUGACCAAGGAGUUCAAUGACGUGCUCUCUGUCGGGAACUUGGUGUUCACGGGGAUCUUCACGGCAGAGAUGUGUCUGAAGGUCAUCGCACUCGACCCCUACUACUACUUCCAGGAGGGGUGGAACAUCUUUGAUGGCAUCAUCGUGAGCUUAAGUUUGAUGGAGCUGGGCCUGGCCAAUGUGGAAGGGCUCUCCGUGCUCAGGUCCUUCCGAUUGCUGAGGGUCUUCAAGCUGGCUAAGUCGUGGCCCACCCUCAACAUGCUGAUCAAGAUCAUCGGCAACUCGGUGGGCGCCCUGGGCAACCUGACCCUGGUGCUGGCCAUCAUCGUCUUCAUCUUCGCCGUGGUGGGCAUGCAGCUGUUCGGGAAGAGCUACCGCGAGUGCAUGUGCAAGAUCUCGGACGGCUGCGAGCUGCCGCGCUGGCACAUGGUGGACUUCUUCCACUCCUUCCUGAUUGUGUUCCGCGUGCUGUGUGGCGAGUGGAUCGAGACCAUGUGGGACUGUAUGGAGGUGGCUGGCCAGUCCAUGUGCCUCAUCGUCUUCAUGAUGGUGAUGGUGAUCGGGAACCUGGUGGUGCUGAAUCUCUUUCUGGCCCUGCUGCUGAGCUCGUUCAGCGCCGACAACCUGGCCGCCACCGACGACGACAGUGAGAUGAACAACCUGCAGAUCGCCGUGGGCCGCAUCCAAAAGGGGGUCGCCUUGGUCAAGUCGGCUCUGCGUCACUUCCUCCAGAGCCUCUUCUUGGCCGGCGCCAAACCAGGAGCCUUGGAUGAGGAGAAGCCCCUGGACGAUCUGCACAGCGACGGCAAAGAAAACUGCCUGGCCAAUCACGCGCCUGUCGCCGUCGACCUCGGCAAGGACUUCCUCAGAGAGGGCUGCGUCUCGCCCAGCAACGGGGUUGAAGGGCAUGGGAAGUACGGGAUCGAGGAAGGCGACUACAUGUCGUUCAUCCACAACCCCAGCCUCACCGUCACCGUGCCCAUCGCCGUGGGAGAGUCAGACUUCGAGAACCUAAACACGGAAGAUUUCAGCAGCGAGACCUCGGACGUGGAGGGCAGCAAAGAGAAGCUUCCUGUGGACAAGGUUCUCAGCUCCUCUGAGGGCAGCACGGUGGACAUCAGACCCCCUGGAGAAGGGGCAGAGUCAGUAGAACUGGAACCUGAAGAGUCUCUGGACCCAGAGGACUGCUUCACUGAAGGUUGUAUGAUGAGGUUCCAGUGCUGUCAGGUGGAUGUGGAGAAGGGCCGGUGGAGGAGCUGGUGGAACCUGAGGAAGACUUGCUUCGUCAUCGUGGAGCACAACUGGUUUGAGUCCUUCAUCAUCUUCAUGAUCCUGCUGAGUAGCGGGGCUCUGGCAUUCGAGGAUAUCUACAUAGAGCAGCGGAAGACAAUAAAGACUGUGCUGGAAUAUGCUGAUAAAGUCUUCACCUACGUAUUCAUCCUGGAGAUGUUGCUCAAAUGGGUUGCGUAUGGUUUCGUCAAGUAUUUCACCAAUGCCUGGUGUUGGCUUGACUUCCUUAUUGUAGAUGUGUCUUUGGUCAGUCUCAUCGCUACUGCUCUGGGUUACUCUGAGCUGAGUGCCAUUAAGUCGCUGAGGACCCUACGUGCUCUGAGACCGUUAAGAGCAUUGUCACGCUUUGAAGGCAUGCGGGUGGUAGUGAACGCUCUGCUCGGCGCCAUCCCCUCCAUCAUGAACGUGCUGCUGGUGUGUCUGAUUUUCUGGCUCAUCUUUAGCAUCAUGGGCGUCAACCUGUUCGCCGGCAAAUACUACCACUGUGUGAACAGCACCACGGACAAGCUGCUCCCCAUCGAAGAGGUCAACAACAGGUCCGAGUGCCUGGCGCUCAACGACAGCGCACGCUGGAAGAACGUCAAGAUCAACUUUGACAACGUGGGCGCCGGUUACCUGGCCCUGCUCCAAGUGGCCACAUUCAAAGGCUGGAUGGACAUCAUGUACGCUGCAGUAGACUCGCGCAACCUGGAGGAACAACCAAAGUAUGAAGUGAAUCUCUAUAUGUACCUGUACUUCGUCAUCUUUAUCAUCUUUGGCUCCUUCUUCACGCUCAACCUCUUCAUCGGCGUCAUCAUAGACAACUUCAACCAGCAGAAGAAAAAGUUUGGAGGUCAGGACAUCUUCAUGACUGAAGAACAGAAGAAGUACUACAAUGCCAUGAAGAAGCUCGGCUCGAAGAAACCCCAGAAACCUAUCCCCAGACCCACAAACAAGUUCCAGGGCCUUAUCUUCGAUCUCAUCACCAAACAAGCCUUCGACAUCGUCAUCAUGAUCCUGAUCUGCCUGAACAUGGUGACGAUGAUGGUGGAGACAGACGACCAAACAAAGGAGAUGGACAUCAUCCUGUACUGGAUCAACCUGGUCUUCAUCGUGCUCUUUACUGGCGAGUGUGUGCUGAAGAUGGUGUCUCUGCGCCACUACUUCUUCACCGUGGGCUGGAACGUGUUCGACUUCGUGGUCGUCAUACUGUCCAUUGUCGGUAUGUUCCUCUCAGAGGUGAUUGAGAAGUACUUUGUCUCUCCCACCUUAUUCCGAGUUAUCCGAUUGGCUAGGAUCGGCCGUAUUCUCCGCCUCAUCAAGGGAGCCAAGGGCAUCCGCACCCUCCUGUUCGCCUUAAUGAUGUCACUUCCUGCCCUUUUCAACAUCGGGCUCCUCCUCUUUUUGGUGAUGUUCAUCUAUGCCAUCUUCGGCAUGUCCAACUUCGCCUACGUGAAGCACGAGGCCGGAAUCGAUGACAUGUUCAACUUCGAGACCUUCGGCAACUCCAUGCUGUGCCUGUUCCAGAUUACCACCUCUGCUGGCUGGGAUGGUCUGCUGGCGCCCAUCCUCAACAAACGCGAACCGGACUGCGACAGCGAGACGGAGCACCCGGGCAACUCGUACCGCGGUGACUGCGGGAACCCCUCGGUCGGCAUCUUCUUCUUCGUGAGCUACAUCAUCAUCUGCUUCCUGAUCGUCGUCAACAUGUACAUCGCUGUCAUCCUGGAGAACUUCAGCGUGGCCACGGAGGAGAGCGCCGAGCCGCUGAGCGAAGAUGACUUUGAGAUGUUCUACGAGGUGUGGGAGCGCUUCGACCCCAACGCCACGCAGUUCGUGGAGUACGACAAGCUGUCCGAAUUCGCGGAUGCCCUGGACCCACCGCUGCGCAUCCCCAAGCCCAACAAAAUCCAGCUUAUCGCCAUGGACCUGCCCAUGGUCAGCGGUGACCGCAUCCACUGCCUGGACAUCCUGUUCGCCUUCACCCUCCGUGUGCUGGGCGAGGAGGGCGAGAUGGACGCCCUACGCGGGCAGAUGGAGGAACGCUUCAUGGCUUCUAACCCAUCCAAGGUAUCGUACGAGCCCAUCACCACCACGCUGCGCCGCAAGCAGGAGGAGAUGUCGGCCGUGGUCAUCCAGAGGGCCUUCCGUUGCUACCGCAUCCGUGCCACCGUGAAGAAGGCCUCGGACAUGUACCGGCAGCAGCUGCAGGGAGGCAGCGAGGCGCCGCCCGAGAAGGAGGUGCUUGUCAUUGGCAAGUUCCACGAGAACUCGGCGUCGGACAAAACGGACAUGACCCCGUCGUCGGCGUCGCCGCCGUCGUACAACAGCGUGGCCAAGUCGGAGAAGGACAUGUACGAGAAGGAGCGACGCAAGAAGGAGGACUGCGCAAAAGACACGCGCGAGAGGAAGAAAUGAAGGCCUGGGGAGGACGGAGACGGCGGACUCAAAGGGAGAUGUCUCUGUUUUUUGAUGAGACGCUGUUUACAGAUGUGACGAAGAACUGGACUGGGGACUUCCUCACAAGGUUUUGGGACCUUUCGAUUGAGCACUGGUGGGUGUGAGUUGCGCAUGUGUGUGUGUGCGUGUGUGUGAGUGUGUGAGUGUGUGUGUAUUGCUGUGUGCAGUGGCCUGGGAGGACUGUCUGUGCACACAGGGACGGACUGACGUUUCUGUGACGAUGUUGAGGACAUCGUCGGUGUCGGCACACAAACUCACACUCUUGCACACACACGCUUACACUACAGUGCGACUGUGACUGUUAAGAAGGACUCUGAUACGAAACGGAAAGGUGCGUGGAUGGAGUUUGUGGGUUUGUCUUUUCAUUCUGUGUGUUGUAAAACAAUCCUGAGGAUUAUAGGAAACCGUUACACAGUGAUCAGUAGCUAGAACUGCCGCUACCACUGGUGUCCUUCUUAUUGAUUGGUGUAUUAUUAUAUACCUGCACAUUUUUGUUACAUUAGCUCAUUUUUUUUAAACAUUAUGUUGAAUUUUUUUACUGUUAAGUUUGAUUUUUGAAAUGUUCAUCAAAGGGCAAGUCUGUCAAUGAGGUCUGGUUAGUGAGGGAACCUCAGUAAAGGUAAAUCUCUUCAGGAGGUUGCAUAUCGAACAAAAAUAAUUAUAGGAUGGAAGUCAUGUCUACUGGUUCUCCCUGAAGCUCACACAACUUCCUCUUGGGCUGCCGUUGGCAUAACAGUAACGUUUAACAUAAUCAUAGCUAGAGAUGUACUGCAGUGCUGCCUUAUUUAACAAAACAGAAAAAGAGAAAAAAAACAGGAAUGAUUCUAGACUAGGCAAGUCAAGUCUGACUCGGCAAUGUAAAUGUCUCACUAUGAUGGUCAAGAUUCCUCUAAAAUGAGUUGCAUUUCUCAGAUCUUCAGGUGAAGGGUUGAACAUGAGACCAUAUCGCAUCCUUUUCCUGCUUAGUGCCACUCACAGAAAUCCGAAUGUCCGCUCCGUACACGAACCUGGCCCGAGUUCCCUAAAGAUCAACAUAGCUGCUAGAGAGAGAGCAAACUGUGCUCUCUCUCUCUCUCUCUCUCUCUCUCUGCCGCCUGCUGGUGGUCUCAGUGCUUUUGGGAAAUGGAAGCUAGCUUCACGACAGUAAUGUAAAUGUCCUGAAUGUCUCUUUGCCAGAAAGCCAGAUUGUCUCUCUUCUAAACAUCUUAUUCUCUUAGUUAUAUUGGAUCAAAAAAAAAGGCGAUUUCUUCCAAAACAAACCUUCUGCCCAGGUAAGCAGCUAAAGAACAAUGACCUGUCUAACGUUUGGAGCUCAAACAUCUGUGGUCCAAAUCACAGAGCCAGCGUCGGUUCAGGCCAAUGUCAUGGUUAUGAUAUCAUCUCUCCUGUUGAAUUCAUGAACCGGUGGUGAUUCUAUAUGUACAUACUGGCGAUCUGUGUCCCACCUCUGUGCUAAACACUGUAGAAGAGCAGUUUUACAUGCCAUUUAAAACUGCCAUUUGGAUGCAUACUAUCUGUGUGUGUGUGUGUGUGUGUGUGUGUGUGUGUGUGUGUGUGUGUGUGUGUGUGUGUGUGUGUGUGUGUGUGUCAGUCAGCGCAUGCACAUGCACACAUGUGCAGACUGUGUACAUGCAAGAGACAGACGAAGAUAUAUAGUAUAUACGUGUGAGACAGACAGCUAGUAUAUGUCACUGUACUGGGACCAGCAUCCACUUUACUCCCAUCCUCUCUUUCAAUGUUUAUAUUGUACAUAGUAGUUUGAAGCUCACGUUUUCUUUUUUUAUGAAUUAAUUAAUUUUGUUUACAUUUUUUUUUGCACAGUGCUACAGUAUGUGUGAGGGUCAGGUCCUGGUUUUAAAUGUAAAUAUGAAUUUAUGAAGCAAUCAGUGGUCGUCAUUUCAUUCGUAGUGUUGUAGUAAACUGCAUGCACUAUACUAAAUAACUACAUGGUGACAUUAUUUUAAAAAGCCAAAAGAAUAAAGAUCAUAUUUUUUGUACCAAAGUAUACUUAAUUUCCUCAUCAUUAACUGUCACACAAUAUUCUAUCACAAAUCCCCAAAAUGUACCAGAAAUUUCUAUCUCUAUCUCUGAAAAAUGCAUACCACAUUUUUGUUACAUUGAAAUGUUUUUGAGUUGAAAUGUGUGACCUUAUUUUUCUUUAGAAUGUGCAAAAUGACUUCUUUUUUUUUUCUCAUUUUAAUCAAAGCAAAGAGGUUUCAGACGUACACUGUAGUUUUCCAAAAUAAAGCAUAUUUUGGGAAGCCCAAAUCUU